AUGACGCGGCUAAAUUUCGAGCACUUCGUUUUCCUGCUGGAAGAAUGCCUGCACCUCGAUGCGCGCUGGCUGGAAGAACACACAUGUACGCCACGCCGCACUCAGCUGACUUUCGGCCCUUCUCAGCUGAUGUUUACAUGUUGUGAUGGACUUCCGCA